AUGGCAUGUGUUAAUUUCAACUCUCCUUAUCAAGCGGAAAAAAGAAGGACAUCUGAAAAUGUAGAUGUAAAUAAUAUUGAUUCUACAAAUAUACCUAUUAAUUAUACAGACAUGGAUCUUGUACUUUUUCCAGAAGGAUCAUUAAAAAAUAUCAAUGACACCGUAGUAAGCGAAAAGCAUUUAGUUGGAAAAUCUGUGGCUUUAUUUUUUUCAAAUGGAUCUGACCCCAAAUGUAGAUCAUUUUUACCUUUCUUACAACAGUUUUAUAAAACUAUAAAUGAAGGUGGAUCAAAUCAGAAAAUAGAAAUUAUUUUUGUAAGUAUUGACUCUGACAGAAAAUCAUUCGAAGACCAUAAAAAACACAUGCCUUGGCUAUACAUUGACAUUACUGACCCAUUAACAGAUAUAUUGAAAAAGCAUUUUAGAGUCAUGAGCUAUCAUGAAGUUCCUUUAUAUGGAUCAGGACCUAGAAGCGACGUACCCUGCUUAAUUGUCAUAGGGAGUGAUGGAAGAGAAGCACAACUUCUACAUAUUAGCAGUGGCAGGGAUGAAGGUGAAAAGGGUCUUUUAAGGUGGGAUUACAGAAAUAACAUAUAUACUCUAAAUAAAAGAAACACUAUUUAG